AUGAGCUCAGCAACUGACUUCUCCGCGUUCUUCACUGAUCAAGCUGUCGCCUACUGUGGUGUUUCUUCUGCAGUCAUCUUGUUCUGGGACUACAUCAUUACGUUUGGCGACGAAAUCAACCUCGUCUGGAGACGCAAGCUCACCGGAGCGACAAUAUUGUUUCUUUUGAACCGCUACGCCAGUCUAAUCAAGAACGUGGUCGAAUUUUCCAAUUUGUUCUCACCAUCACUCACAGCGUGCCAACGUUCCCAGACAGCGUACAACAUAUUCGAUCUCAGCGCACUCUUCGUCUUCGCGGGUGCGACACGAUUCAGUGCAUUCCGUGUUUGGGCUAUCUGGGGUAGGGAGCUGCGUCCUUUCUUAUUCAUUCUGCCAUUCUGCCUGGUCACGCCUGUCUUGAAUGCGUAUCGGGUUGCCAAGGCCACCCCAAUCUUCGACGAUGAAUACCCUUCACCUUGGGGCGGGUGCGAGGAGGAUAUUGGAAUGCCAAUUACACUAUAUAUUCAAUUCGGCGACAUCACUCGCGCAAUAGCGAUAGUCACCGACGGCCUUGUCCUCAUCAUGACAUGGAUUAAGACAUACAGCAUAUACAGGGCAGCCCGACGAGCGGGGGCCGGGACAGGACUGUCUCAGCUCCUGAUUCGUGACGGUACUUUGUACUUCGGGACCCUUCUGGUGUUCAACAUCCUCGCUGUGGUUAUCAACAGCACCUCUGCGGACCUUAACCCGGUUAACUACUUCAACGAUAAUGUGAACUGCAUCUUCAUCUCGCGCUUCAUACUCAACCUGCGCUCCGUGGGCGCUAACAUAAACAACCGGGCGGGCACGAGUACGAGCGGAAAGGACACCGUCAUGUGGGGCGGCCUCGGCGGACCGCUCGCCCACAACCGCUCGUCUGUCUUUUCCGGGUACACGCAGGACAUCACGAUGCAGGAGUUUGAGCGCAUGAACGGGCCGCUCGCGGCGGGGCUUAAAGGGUGGAAGAACACCGAGGACGUGCCUCUCAAAGACGACAUACCGGAGGCAGACCUGCAUUACGUCGAAUCGUUCCCCGCUCCGGAAGAUCAUGCGAUAGAGCUGCGGGAGUGGCAUCACCAUACGGAGAACGCGUACGCUCGCCCGUCGACAUCUAGCGCCCAGUCUGCAACGGCGUACAGUCGCGCGUGA